AAGACAAUAAGCAUAAGCAACAAGAAAGAAAAUGGCUUACUCCAAAAAGCAUUCAUUCCUCCGGAUUUCAACUCUCCUCAUGGUUCUCCACUUCUCCUCUGCAAAAGCUGCCAUUAAAGGUGGCUAUUGGUAUUCUGACAGUGGCCUUGCAGUUUCUGACAUUAAUCCAUCUUAUUUCACUCACUUGUUCUGUGCAUUUGCUGACCUUGAUCCUAAUUCCAACCAAGUCACCAUUUCUUCUGCACACGCAGCUAGUUUCUCAACUUUCACUCAAACCAUACAAGCAAAGAGUAGUUCAGUGAAAACCCUUUUAUCAAUUGGUGGUGGAGGUGGUUCUGCUUUGGCAGCACAAUUUGCUAAAAUGGCUAGCCAAGCCAGUAGUCGCAAAUCGUUCAUAGACUCUUCAAUCAAACUAGCUAGAGAUAACAACUUCAAUGGCCUUGAUCUUGAUUGGGAGUACCCGUCGUCCAACACGGACAUGACCAACUUCGGUUCACUCAUCAAAGAGUGGAGAGCUGCUGUGGCCGCAGAGGCUAGCAGUUCUGGCAAGCCAGCACUGUUGUUAUCAGCUGCAGUGGGUGGCUCUGACCAGAUAACCCCAUUGCAGUACUACCCAGGUCAAGAUAUUGCAAACAACUUGGACUGGGUCAAUGUAAUGACUUAUGACCUUUUCACCUCAGAUGGGUAUCCAACCACGACACAGCCACCUGCUCCUUUGAAAAACCCUACUGGCCAAUUCAGUGUAGAUGAAGGUAUCACAAAAUGGAUUGGGUUAGGAGUACCAAAAAGCAAACUAGCACUGGGUUUACCCUUCUAUGGUUACAAGUGGAGUUUGUCAGAUCCUAACAUCCAUGGAUUGUUUUCAAAAGCUAAUCAGGGACUUGGGGCAGUGAAGUACAAGGAUAUAAAAAAUGCUGGUCCCCAGAUUGUGUAUAAUUCCACAUAUGUUACUAAUUACGGCUUCAAAGGGACAGACUGGUAUGGAUACGAUGACACUCAGAGUAUAUCUGCCAAGGUUUCUUAUGCCAAGCAAAAUGGAUUGUUUGGAUAUUUUUCUUGGCAUAUUGAACAAGACAGCAACUGGGCUCUUUCUCAAGUAGCGUCUCAAGCAUGGGGAACCUAGUAAUGGAUUGUAGGCAGAGUCCUAUGCUGCAAAGGGAGCAAAGGUUGAAGGUUAUCUACAUUAUAAUAAUAAAAGUUAUACCGUUUCUACCUCCCAUGUAAUAAUAAAAAAUAAACAAAUGCUAACAAGGGUCCUUGGUGCACUUUUAAAUAUCUAAAUUUAGAAAUUUUCUUCUAUUAAAAAUAUAUUGAAAGUUGUGCAUUAAAUUUCUUAUAACUUAAAAUUUGAUUGUUUUUAAUGUAAAAUUUCUACUUUUUGAUUCCUUAAGAGUGUCAUUAGAACACUAGUUAGUAUGACCUUAAAAAAUAAAAUGAGAUAUUAAAGGAUCUUUAGUGACAAAAAA